AGCGACGUUAAACUCUUUUGAAUUUGAAUUUUAUUAUUUUGUUUUAGCACAAGAUCUUUCUCGAUUUCUUUUCUUUUCUCGCGUAUUUUUAACUCUAUUUUGAAAGAACUAAGGGAUAUCUAGGACAUACGUAUUAUAAAGAGACAAAAUCGAUGUUCAACUAUGUCGAGCAGACGAAAUCUGCUAUUCAUAAUCGUAUUUAUCUUGAACUUCUUGGUAAACAAGAUGGCUAAUUCAGAGCUCUCUCAUGUUCAAAGAAAUACCAAGCCCUUGGAUGCUACGCAAACCAAUUAUUUGUAUCUGACCAACCGCUGGGAAUAGAGCUACUGAAUGAACGAGACAUGGAAAACAAGGCAUUUAACGGCACGCUCAUCGAUUGGCUGCGAUGGAACCAGUAUCUUCCCAGCCUGCUUUGCAGAUGUGCGGAGAGGGCUUCCGGCCAUGGAUAUGAAACUUUUGCGAUUCAUAACUUCGGUGUGUGCUGGGGUAUAAAGGAACACCAAGCCAACAUGUUGAACAAGACUGGGCAGUGCUGGGAUCGUUUUUAUGGACAACAAUGCAGCUCAAUUGGGGACUUUUGUACCGGUGGACCAUCUACUUACUAUUACUACAAACUAACAUAGAAAAAAGUACACACUCUAGUGUGCAUACCAUAUUAUAUCUGUGAAAACCUUUGUAAGGGAUUGCAUAAAUAUGCAUAAAUUAGUAAGUUCAGUAAACCGCACAAAUACAAAACUUUGCACAAUUUUGUUCUUUUACUUUUUCACGGAUAUAUGGUAUGCAUUCUCUUAUAAAAUUAACCAAUCACAAUGUAGAGGGCGAACUGUAGCCAAUCAGGAGAAAGGAGGGGUUUGGGAAGUAUAAAAAUUAACCAAUCACAAUGUA